AUGGCGGCGGCUGUUUGGUUCUCCUUGCUCUGCGUCUCCGUCUGCCUCUUCUCCCUCCCGCUUGGGAGCUCCGCCGACGGCGGCUGGCAGAACGCCCACGCUACCUUCUACGGCGGAUCUGACGCGUCCGGCACAAUGGGUAAGCUCUGCUUCCUCCCCGGGGGCUCUCCAUACCUAGAGAGAGAGAGUUGCUGCUGUUAAUGGCGAGUGUUGUGCUGAACGAUGUGGGUGGUGGCUGUAGGAGGAGCUUGUGGAUACGGGAACCUGCUGAGCCAGGGGUACGGGACGAACACGGCGGCACUGAGCACGGCAAUGUUCAACAACGGGCUGAGCUGCGGGUCCUGCUUCGAGAUCAAGUGCAGCGCCGACCCGCAGUGGUGCCUGCCGGGGACGAUCAUGGUGACGGCGACCAACUUCUGCCCGCCCAACCCGGCACAGCCCAACGACAACGGUGGCUGGUGCAACCCGCCCCGGGAGCACUUCGACCUCUCGCAGCCGUCGUUCCUGCAGAUCGCGCAGUACCGUGCGGGCAUCGUGCCGGUCUCCUACAGGAGAGUUCCCUGCGUGAAGAAGGGAGGCAUCCGCUUCACCAUUAAUGGCCACUCCUACUUCAACCUCGUGCUCAUCACCAACGUCGCCGGCGCCGGCGACGUCCGCUCCGUCGCCGUUAAGAGCGGCGCCUCCGGCUGGCAGUCCCUCUCCCGCAACUGGGGCCAGAACUGGCAGAGCAACUCCCUCCUCGACCGCAAGAGCCUCUCCUUCCAGGUGACCACCAGCGACGGCCGCACAGUCACCAGCUUCGACGUCGUCCCCGCAGGCUGGUCCUUUGGCCAGACCUUCGAGGGCAACCAGUUCUAG